AUACUGUAUAGCAUGUGUAAAUUUGCAAAUAUUUAUGUAUGCAAUUACAAGCAAAUAGGGUCUGUAGGAGCUUACUUAUAUGUAGGAGGCAGAGCAUUUUGAACGUGUUGCUGUGCUUCCUUAUUUACUUAUUUAUAUUCAGACAAAGGAAGUGGUAAGGCUGUCUAGCUGACAACUUUUCUGAGAAGAGACCAUUUUGUACUAGAGGAAGCAGUAUCUCUCUUGGAUGUGCUAACAACGUUGUUCUGAAAAAAAUAUUAAAAAAAAAAAUAAAACAGAACUUGGAAAGAGCUGGAUAUUGGGCAAGGACUUACUCGGCUUGCUGGAGGUGGUCACCCACACGGAAUAUAUGGCUGCUUCAUCGACAGCAUUGGCAUGAGCAUUCUCUGACUGCCCGGAGGAGCAAACUUACCAUGGAUCCGCGCAACAUUCCCUACCGCUCAGAGGUGGCUACGUGGAACCCAGAUGAAUUAGCAGAAUAUUUUAAGACAUUAAAGUAUAAGGACUGUGAGAAAGUUGUGAGAAAGCACAGCAUAAGUGGACAAAGGUUUUUGAACAUGUCUGAAAAUGAUAUUCAGAAAUUUCCCAAACUCAGAGUUCCAAUUAUAAGUAAAUUAAGUCAAGAAAUAAACAGAAAUGAAGGAAGGAUGUCUUUCUUUCCAAAAUGGGGCCAAACACAAAAGUGUCCUGAAAAUCCAGGAUAUGGUCAAGAAGAUGGUGGCUGGUCUUCAUUUGAUGAAGAUGAUGACUAUGAAAGCCCUGAUGAUGACCAGGAAAAGGAAGAUGAGGCUGACUAUGAAUCACCAACAGAAGAGCCUGAGGAAGCAGAACAUGACAGCGAUGGCUAUGAGCCACCUCCAUCCAAUAAUGAUGAAGCACACCACAAUGUCAUAUUUCCUGCCAAAUCCCUUGCAAACAACACAGAUUAUAUAGACAGACCUUCAACAGCCAGAUCAUCGCAUCAGCCUCCAGUACCACCCCAGCGACCUGGCCCGUCCACAGUACCAGCCUCAUUUGGGGGAAGAGGUGCUUCUCUGCCACCUUUUCCUCCUCUUCCAAGCAACAAUGACUUGACUAGAGACAGAAAUAUCAAACCUUCCAAACCCCCAGCUCCUUCUAUAGACAGAAGCACGAAACCCCCACUGGAUCGCCUUGCUCCACCAUUUGAAAGAGAAGCCCCAUUAUCAGGGAGGAAGCCAGGCUAUCCUGAGAAGCCUUUGACUCCACAGCUAAGAUCCCUGGGAGAACAGCUAGCAAUGAUGCCAAAACCUCCUGUCCCACCAAGCGAUAGAUAUGAAAGAGGCAAUCCAACUCCUCUAAGGAAGCAAACUCCUGUCAAGCAGGGUUGGCCACAACAAAAGAGACCUGAAGAAGAAGACGACAUCGCACCCCAAAGAGCAGUGCCACAGCUGUCUUUGCCCCCAUACAGCUCCAAUACAUUCCCAUCAAAAUCUAUCAAGCCUCCACCUAAGCCAGGAUCCAACAGCAUGCCUGGUGCAGAAAGUGCUAGAAGCCUGUCUGCAAGUGGCUCUCUACCACCUCGCUUCCCUCUAGGCAACAACAGCAGAUCUCCUUCAAGAGGGACAGCUGAUACAAGACCUCCAUUGCCCAUUCCUAGCAGACAGACCGUUCAGCACACAAACAUGGAGGAAGAUGAGGAUUCAUUAAAUGAUGAAUGGUACGUUGCUUAUAUUAGCCGGCCAGAAGCAGAAGCAGCUCUUCGAAAAAUAAACAAGGAUGGAACCUUCUUGGUAAGAGACAGCUCAAGAAAAACUGCUACUCAUCCUUAUGUACUGAUGGUCUUGUACAGAGAUAAAGUAUACAACAUCCAGAUUCGUUACCAGGAGCAAAAUCAGAUAUAUUUGUUAGGAACUGGCUUAAAAGGAAAAGAGGAUUUUUCAUCUGUAGCAGACAUCAUUGAUUACUUCCAAAGAACACCUCUUCUUCUGAUUGAUGGAAAAGAUAGGGGUUCACGAAACCAGUGCAUGUUAACAUAUGCUGCAGGACAUAUUUAAAUGAGACCCUAAUGAAGAUCACUUAAAGGAUCAAAGUCUACUAAAGUCUGUGAACCUAAGGAUACUUCCUUUUUCAGUGAACCAAAACCAUGAAGAAAUCAUUAAAAAUACUUUUGAUUUUAAUGAAAAAGGACAAUGUUGUUAUUUUUAAGUCAUGCUUUAAAUGUAGUACUCUAUAAAUAUGAUUUUCCUACAAUAUAUUUAUUACUGUCCAGUAACCAUAGAGUACACAGGAAUUCAUUAGGUGAGGAAAACUAUCUUCUAACAAACGUGUAUCUUCCUGAAACCACAUUAGAAGACCCAUGGAAGAUAUACCAAUCCAAGUCUCUGCUUUCAGAGGAGAAAAAAAAUGUAACCUAUUUUUCAGAUCAGAAUUGCAGCAGCAAUUCUAUUACUUAAAGUGGUACAUACCACAGAACCAAGAACCAAAACAAAGUUGAGAAGUAAACCAAAAGCAAUAGGGUUUUUUUGUUUGUUUUGUUUUGUUUUCCCUGCAAUCCACCUCCCAGUAAAUUAAUAAAUCAUCUAACUAUGGGCAUUUCUGUGAAAAGACUUGGAUUCCAACCUGCCAGCCUGGACCCUAAAGACACCUACCUUUCAGCAAGACACAAAAAUUUUGUGUGUUGCUCGAUUUUUCCCCUCAAAUCCCCCUGCCUGUCAAGAUCUGUGUUUGUGUUAUUCAGCUAUGAAACUGUCUUUGUUCACAGUUUUCUAGAAAAUUAAAAUAUCCACAGAUAACAUAUUCUACCUGCCAUACAACUGACGAUUCACGGAUGGCAUCUUAGCCCAUUAAUUGGAAUUAUCUCCUAGGAUCCUCUAAACUCACUUAGCAACAAGGUUUUCUCUAUUAGCACAGACAUCUCUUUAACUGCAUCUCUUUGACUCUAAAAUAAGCCACCAUUCUUUUAUAGGAGACACAUUAACAAGAUUAUCAUCAUGUGAUUAUUAAUUGCAAGACCACACCCAAUUCCCUUAGAAAGCAUACAGAUAUAAUUUGGAUUAAAUUGGUUCCUCUUAUACAAAUGCUUUCUGUUUUUACUGUGUUCUCUCAAGAAAAAACAAUAACAUUCUCAGUUCUAAAACAUAAGCUGCAGCUGAGGACCACUGAAGAAUACUAUAUCAUGAGUUUUUUCCCUCUCCUUUGUUAAGUGGGAUUUAUCUAAUUUUUUGUCCUGUUUUUUUUUUUUUAGGAACUUUUGUUUU